AUGUUUUUCUACGCCGACAUCACUCUUCAAAAGAGCCUUCAGCAUCUGGAGCUUGAUAUUGGCGAUACGGUGGACAUAAAAUAUUUCUCAAAUUUUCCUAAGCUAAAGUUAGUUAAUGUCAGAUAUUCUAUACCCUUUGGCAAUAUGUCAGCUUUAGCAUGUCAACAAAAAAUGUGUAAUUUUGUUUACGGAAUCAAUGGAGUAAAGUGUCCUGAUGUUUGCACCUGUCGAUUUAUAUACGAUGAUUUAGAACUCAGUAUUAACUGUAGCAACAGGGGACUCUCACAUAUUCCGCCUUUACCCAUUUCCAUAAUCGGAAGUGUAAAACUAAUAUUUAACAACAACAAUCUCCUACAAUUGCCUAAUUACACAUUAGCCGGUUACAAUGCGUUAACAAAGCUUGAUGUUUCCAGGAAUAUGUUAACCAGCCUGAGUAUCAACAAUCUACCUAGUAAACUGGACUUUCUAGAUAAUAUCAGUUAUCUGGACCUACGAAACAAUAGUUUGAAGACACUAGACGACAAAGUAGUUCUUUACCUAAAAGAAAUCAAAGACUACGCUAAAAUUGAACUUUCAGGGAACCCUUGGAGUUGUGACUGUAAGUCUAAAUCGAUCCUUUCCUUUCUGAGGGACUUUGAGCCACUAGAAUACAAUGUCAUCCUGAGUCGAUGCCAAAUACCUAGAUCAGAUUGUCCGGAUGGUUGCAUCUGCUGCAUGGAUAACUCAACAUGGUCUUCUUUCAUAGUUGAUUGUAGAGGAGAAGGACUUUCACAGAUACCCAAACUGUCCACAGCAGUGACAUAUGUGGAUUUGAGAAACAACAACAUUAGCGAGCUAACCCCGAAACUCCGAUCUUUAUUUCAGAAUGGAUCCACCUUAAGUCUUCUCUUGCUCGACAAUCCCUGGUCUUGUUCUUGCAAUGAUAUGGAAAAUCUGAACUUCAUGAAGAGUGUCUCGUCACAUAUUAUAGACUUUACCGAGAUAAUCUGCGCCAGCGGGGAGAAGCUCGUAUCGAUAGAUCCGGAUAUUGUAUGUCCAUCGGGCAUCGCAUACUACUUGGCUUUGGCGAUCUCCCUUGCAGUCCUGAUUUUGGUGAUCAACUUUAUGAUUUGCUUCAGACAGCCUCUUCUGGUUUGGUUCUACGAGCACGAUGUCUGUUUGAGUUUGGCCGCCAGAAGGGAACUGGACCAGGCAAAGAAGUUUGACGCGUUUUUGGCCUUCACCCACAAGGACGAGCCUCUGGUGGAGGAGUUCGUGGAGAAGCUGGAGCUCGGAAGACCCAGAUUCUCGCUCUGUUUCUACCUGCGCGAUUGGCUGGCAGGGGAAUCCAUUCCCGACUGUAUAGGGCGAUCUGUCAGGGACUCCCGGCGCAUUAUAAUCCUGAUGACAGACAACUUCAUGAAGUCCACUUGGGGUCGACUCGAGUUUCGCCUCGCCCUACACGCCACUUCCCAGGAUCGGUGCAAGCGCCUCAUCGUCGUCCUUUAUCCGGACGUGAAAGACUUCGACAGCCUGGACAGUGAGUUGAGGGCCUACAUGGUGUUCAACACCUAUCUGGAGAGGAGCCACCCUAACUUUUGGAAUAAGCUGAUCUACUCGAUGCCCCAUGCGAAGCUGCGACGUGAUUGA